CGUUUGGUGGGUCACCGGUGGGCGAUACAUUCGGAUAUUGUUGACGCUACGGAAUCUUCGGUUGUAGACUGAGAAGUGCAGAAAUCGUUCAUCUUUUCAGUUUAUUGACUAAGAAGGAAGUUGCCUAUCCAGCUCACGUCACUGGUCUUGGUAAAGGUUGUGGAGAUGGCCCACUCCGGUAUCAGCACGAGGGAGAAAAUACUUGCCCUUAUUGAUGACAUCGAGUUGAUAUCCAGGGAGAUGUUUGAGAAUUGUACUGCACCCAAGCAUCAGAAGCUCUCCAGUGCUGAACACCAGUUGUUAACAGAGCUUCUUAUCAAGAAGGAUGCCGACCUCAAAGCAACUAUGAAGGAGGCAGAGGAGCAGCAGGAGAUCCAGGUGAAGAUGGACCGCCUGCGGGCUGAGGUGGAGCAGCAGGAUGGCGAGCUCAGGGCCCUGCAGAAGAGCCUGAAGGAGGCUGAGAUCAGGCUGGCCAGCGCCAUCUACCAGGCCAAGCAGAAGAUCGACUCGAUUGCGUGGGCCCAGGCGCGGCCGGUCAGUGCCGAAGACCUGAUUCGGUACGCCCACCGCAUCAGCUCGACCAACGCCGUCAGCGCGCCGCUGUCUUGGCAGCAGGGCGAUCCGCGCCGGCCGUACCCCACAGACAUGGAGAUGCGUCGCGGCUUGCUGGGCCGGCUGGUGGACGUGCCGAUCGGCGGUCAGCAGCUGCUGCAGCCCAUAGGUCUGGAGCAGCAGCCGGCUGGCCGCGGCGGUCAGGACCCGCCUCCACCGCCGCCCCCGCCGCCGCAGCUGCCCCCGCCGCCGCCGCCUCCGCCGCCGCCCCCGCCGCCGCCGCCCGCCUCCGCCGGCGGCACGUUCCAGUGGCAGCCGUCGGGCGAGAUCCACCUGGCGGUGCAGGGCGGCGCCAGCGUGCCGCUGGACAAGCCGGCCGCCAACCCGGACGUCGAGGCCAUGUCCACCGACAGCUCCAGCAGCUCCAGCAGCGACUCCCAGUAGGCGGUGGACGCCGGCGGCGCCGAAGGCCGACUUGGGCGUCGCCGCCGCUGCUGGAGCGGCCGGUGUUGGCGGUGUUGGCAGGCGCUCGCCGCCGCCUCGGAUGUGGCACUGGGUGUGCUGGAGGCGGUUCGUAGGAGUCUGAAGGCGUCAGCUCAGGAGCACUUGAUCAUCCCUUCAUCGUGUGUUUGUAGAUUGAGAGCAAUGUGCGAAGUGUGGAAAGACUGGUUUGGUAUGAUAGGCUUGACCAUAAACGUGCAUCAUUGUUUGUCGGUUUGGGUAGUCGUCCAUCAGUAGCCUACGAACGAUCUUGAACAGCGAUUAGACUUCGUGGGUGCCGCAUGCUAAGUAUGGUGACACGCGCAAUGAUGCAGUACGAGUUUAAGAAAUACGACAAGACAUUGUUUGAA